GGGGCCAGUAGACAGCCACGAUGCCUGCCUGGAAGCUGCUGGGGCUCCUGGUCCUUUGCCUGUGUGCCGGAGGCAUCUCGGGCAGUGGAGACCCCUCUCCCAGGCCCACAGACACCCAAGAAGAGGAGGAUUCUCCGCCAUUGCCUCUGGGCCCCCCAAUCCCCGGUGACCCCUGGCCAGGGGUACCUCCCGUGUUUGAUGAGCCUCCACCUCCAGGCUCCAACCGCCCCUGGAGAGAUCUGCCUGAUGCUGGUGCCUGGCCCCCAGAGCCCCCUAGCACUGAUCCCCCUCACCCUCCUCUGCCUGAUGACCCCUGGCCAGCAGGAACGCAGCCCCCAGAAAACCCCUGGCCACCCGCCCCUGAGAUGGGCCACGGAUCUCAGGAGGAACCAGACCUUGACCCACCCCAGGAAGAGUACCGAUAGGGAGGAGCCCCAGGGAACUCCACGGAGCGCACCCAAGCCCACUCUCUCCUGUG